CAAGUACUGACGCUCAUCAGACGCUCGCUUUACCCGCAAAUAAUUAUUUAAAACAAUUUAAACUUUAGGUAUGUUCGGUGUUUGUGUCGCUUGCGAUUAAUACUGGUAAUAGGUACUCAGUAUGCACAUCAAACAGGUCAUUAUACAGGGCUUCAAAAGCUACAGGGAUCAAACUGUCGUUGAGCCGUUCGAUAAACGUCACAAUGUCGUAGUAGGCCGAAACGGCUCGGGAAAAAGUAAUUUUUUCUACGCUAUACAGUUCGUACUGAGCGAUGAAUAUGCCCACCUUCGUCCGGAACAAAGGCAAGCCCUUCUGCACGAAGGUACAGGCCCCAGGAGCAUUAACGCUUACGUGGAAAUCAUAUUCGAUAAUGCAGAUUCGAGAGUCCCUAUUGAGCACGAAGAAAUAUUCUUGAGGCGAGUCAUCGGAGCGAAGAAAGAUCAGUACUUCUUGAACAAGAAAGUAGUCCCGAGAUCGGAGGUUAUGAAUUUACUUGAAUCGGCCGGUUUCUCCAAUUCAAACCCCUACUACAUCGUUAAACAAGGAAAAAUCAACCAAAUGGCCACCGCGCCGGAUGCGCAUCGGUUGAAAUUGCUCAGAGAAGUGGCCGGGACGCGGGUGUACGAUGAGAGAAGGGACGAAUCGAUGGGGAUAUUGCGAGAAACCGAAGUUAAGUGCCAGAAAAUCGAGGAAUUCCUGCGCACCAUCGAAGAGCGCUUGAGCACAUUGGAAGAAGAAAAAGAAGAAUUGAAACAAUACCAACAUUACGACAAAAUCCGCAGGGCUUUAGAAUAUAUAAUCCACGAAGUCGAACUGAACGAAAACAAAAAGAAACUCGCAGAACUGGAAAAACAAAGAAACGAGUCCGGUACGGAACAAGAAAAGCUCGCCGGUAACUUGAAAAAAGCCCAGGAUAACAUAAAAACGCUAACCAAAAAAACUAAAGAAACUAAGAAGGAAUUAACAGCCCUAAAAGAAGAACGCGAUAUAUUAAACAACGAUAAUCAGCAUCUCAUCAAAGAAAAAGCAAAAUUAGAUUUGACCAUAAAGGAUCUAUCCGAAGAAGUUCUGGGCGAUAACAAAUCGAAAGAAAGAGCAGAAAACGAACUAGCCCGUCUCAAUCUCUCCAUCAAAGAAAAAGAAGCCGAAUUAGAAAAAGUCAAGCCUCAGUACGAUACAAUGAAAAAACGCGAGGAAGAAUGCACCAGAGAGCUGGCUUUGAAAGAACAAAAACGCAAGGAGCUGUACGCCAAGCAAGGCAGAGGCAGCCAGUUCACCUCGAAAGACGACAGAGACCGAUGGAUCGAAAGCGAACUGAGAUCCCUAAACAAACAGCUAAAAGACAAAAAGGACCAUCGCGAUAAAUUGGAGGCCGAUUUGAAACGAGACGCCCAAAAAACCGUCGAACUCACCAAGAAAAUCGAAGACCAAUCGCAGGAGUUGGAGCGACAGAAGAACUUCAUCGACGAGCACAACAAGCAAUGUUACGAGUUGAAGAAGAACAAAGAUCAGUAUCAGGCUACUAGAAACGAGUUGUGGAGGAAGGAAAACAACGUACAGCAAAACUUAUCGUCGCUGAAAGACGAGCUGGCCAAGGCCGAUCAGAAGCUUCGUUCCAUGGUGGGCAAACCGAUCCUGAAUGGACGAGACAGCGUCCGCAAGGUGCUCGACACGUUCAUUUCCAGGGCAGGCAGGGAAGCCGAUGUGGCCAAGCACUAUCACGGACCAGUCAUCGAGAACUUCGAAUGCGAAAAAAGCAUUUAUACAGCCGUAGAAGUCACAGCUGGUAACAGGCUAUUCCAUCACGUGGUCGAUACGGACAUGAUAGGCACGCAGCUUUUGAAAGAAAUGAACAGACAGUCGUUGCCCGGUGAGGUGAAUUUUAUGCCUUUGAACAGGCUGAACGUUAGAGACCAAGAUUAUCCGAACGAUUCGGACGCCAUUCCGAUGGUAUCGAAGCUUCAUUACGAUCAGAAAUACGACAAGGCGAUGAGGUACUUAUUCGGCAAAACCCUGAUUUGUCGUAACAUGGAAGUGGCCACCAAAUUGGCCCGAACCACUGGCCUCGACUGCGUUACGCUCGACGGCGACCAAGUAUCUUCGAGGGGUUCUUUAACCGGUGGUUACUUCAACGCUUCGAACAGCAGAUUGGAGACGCAAAAGACCCGCAGCGAGACCAUCGAUCAGAUCAAGCAGUGCGAGCAAGAACUGAAAUCGCUGAGGACGGAACUGGGCAAGAUCGAAACGUCCAUCAACGGCAUCGUGUCGGAGAUGCAGAAGACCGAAACGAAGAACAGCAAAGCCAAAGGUAUAUACGAUAAGGUGAAGGGCGAGCUGCGGUUGAUGCGCGAAGAGCUGUCGAACAUCGAGCGAUUCAGGGGCCCGAAGGAGCGCUCGCUGGCGCAGUGCAAGUCGAAUUUGGAGGCCAUGCAGACGACCAAAGAGGGUUUGGAAUCGGAGCUGCACCAGGAGUUGCUGGCACAGCUGUCGGUACACGAUCAAGCCCAGGUGGACUCGCUCAACGAUGAUAUACAGCGCUUGCAGAAGGAGAACAAGGAGGCUUUCAGUACUCGUAUGAAAUUGGAAGCGGAGAAGAAUAAAUUGGAGAAUUUACUCACUAAUAAUUUAAUAAGGCGAAGGGAUGAAGUUUUGCACGCCCUCCAAGAAAUAUCGCUGGAAGAUCGCAAGAGGCAAUUGACGAAUUCGAAGUCCGAAUUGGAGGAGAUCGACAAGAAAAUCGAUAAAGUCAAUAGGGAAUUGACGAUAGUUGAAAACAAAGUCAAAGAAAUAUCGAAAAAGUUGAAAAGCGAACAAGGGGAAUUGGAGAAUUGGAAAAAGAAAGAAAAAGAUGCCCAAGAUAGGAUCGACGAGGACGCUAAGCAUUUAGAAAAAUUCGCGACCAAGCAGAAUCUUUUAGAGCAAAAAAUCGCCGAGUCCGUAGAGAAGAUAAAUCAAUUAGGGGCUCUGCCUGCCCAAGAUAUGUAUUCGAGCUACGUUAAAAUGUCCUCCAGAGCCUUAUUCAAAGAGUUGGAAAAGGCGAAUAACAAGUUGAAGCAAUUCAGCCACGUUAACAAGAAAGCUCUCGAUCAAUUCAUGAGUUUCUCCGAUCAGAAGGAAAAGUUAGUAAAAAGAAAGGAAGAAUUAGACAGGGGCGAUGAGAAAAUCAAAGAACUAAUAUCCAUGUUGGAGCAGAGGAAAAUGGAGGCGAUUCAGUUCACGUUCAAGCAAAUAUCGAAGUUUUUCACGGAGGUAUUCAAGAAAUUGGUGCCGGUAGGUCGGGCGAAGUUAGUACUGAAAACCGCCGAUCACGAAGAGGGCCACGAAAUCGGACCGGAGGACAGCAACGCCGACAAUUUCACCGGCAUCGGCAUCAAGAUCUCGUUCACGGACGCCGACGUCGAAAUGAAGGAGAUGAACCAAUUGUCCGGCGGACAGAAAUCGCUGGUGGCCCUCGCUUUGAUAUUCGCCAUACAAAAGUGCGAUCCGGCACCCUUCUAUCUAUUCGACGAAAUCGACCAAGCUUUAGAUCCGUCCUACAGGCGAGCGGUGGCUAAUAUGAUACACGAAUUGUCCGGCGAGGCACAAUUCAUAACGACUACCUUCAGGCCGGAGUUGCUCGAGCACGCGAAUAAGUUCUACGGUGUGAAGUUCAGGAAUAAAGUGAGUCACAUCGAGUGCGUCAGCAGGGAAGUGGCUAGAGAUUUCGUCGAAGACGAUCAAACGCACAAUUGAAAUGUUCGUACAGGUUCUUUUGUAAAGAGGGGCUCGUUUCGUAAGUCUUCAUUAUUAAGAAAUUCGUUUUAAUUUAGAUAGGAUUAUUAAGAGAACUUUUUUUAAUAAAUUGAAUUUACAUUUAAAAUAUUUUAUUAUACAAAAUAAAUGUUUUUUUAACGAAAACGUA